CUCACAAGCUGUUUGUAUACUGUGCAGAUCAGCUGUUGUCUCAUCUCUUCCUCAGCCACCAGCAACACUGACACUGACAGGAUGGCACAGACAGAGUGGACAUGUAUCUUCCAGAUGAAAACAAAAGAUCUUAAACAAGGAAACACCUGGCGUCUGGAGUUUGAUGAAAUUAUUGUACCUGACUGCCCAAACCCAGGCUGGGAGCAGUACAUCAGGAACACAUGUGCAAGGUUCAAAUGCACCAAGUGUGGAAGAGGCUGGCCUUCCAACCGGGUGAUGGUGGUCUUUCACAUGCGCCUGACAUUCGGGCAUGGCGUUGUCAAAGUGAGGCCCUUCCGUCAGAAUUGCAAGCAGUGCAGCGAUGCUCCAAUGGAGAAGGCCAGCAUCACCUCAGAGAACAUCGACAUCCUCCUGGAGAAUCUGGUGGAGAAGAUAAAAAUCAAAUGCUACCAUGAAGACCUGGGCAAAAAACAGAGGCCUUUUAUUAGCCUGGAUGUCAGAAGUCCCCAUGAGCCUGCUCAUUGUGAGGCCUGCAUAGCAGGCAUCUGUACAAGGAGUUGAGCUUGUGUGGCUUUUAAGCCAGCCUUGUUAAUAACUUAAAAGAAUAAUUAUUAUUUGUUAGCUCAUAUUAAGAGUCAUAAUAAGACUUCCUCCUAUUAUUCUGUUUCAUUGCAUUGUGCCCUUUAUAUAUAUAUGAAAUCAAGUGCAUGUAAGCUUUCAUAUUUGGCAGUCUUUAAAAUAUUAAUUGGUCUGCCUGCACAAAGCAUUAAACAAGCCUGUUUACAAUCAGAAAUGUGAUAGAUGAAUAAAGCAUAUACAAACAAAAAUCUAAA